AUGCUAGUGCAGCCUCAUCCAAACAUCCAAUAAGGUUCUUGUUCAAGAUCCAUGUCUAUCUCAAUGGAUGAUUCAAUAUACACAUAAAUCCAACCUAUAGUCUAAAAAAUGACUGUGGUCAAUAAACAUUAGCUACAAGUUAGAAAACCAUCCAAUGCAGCCUAAGAAAUGAUCCGAUCGCCUCUAACUAUUAGUGUAACACCUCAGAUUGCAUCGGAAAGACAACCAUAGAGUGAGAUGAAGGAUUUGCUUCUAAUUAAGGAGGAACCAAGCAACAAAGAACAUUCAGUCUAAAUAAGCGAUCGUUGUAAGAGGAAUCACAGAACACAAAUGAAAAGUUUAAGUUAAGAAAGCAUUUUGAUUGAUGAAAAGCCUUUGCAUUCCUAUAGCGAUGUUUAAUGGAGUGGAUUAAUGUCAUUAAAAACUGUUAGUGUUCAUUCCCCUUUGUAGCAACAUCUUAUAUGUGAUAAGGCAGCCGAUUUAUGUCAAAAUAACUCAAAUGGGAAACGUUUCCAGCCUAAGAAAUAAAAUCGAUACUAUCAUGCUAGCAAUGCUGCAUAUUGUUUCUAUAUUUGUUUCUUUAUGAGCCAAAUGUUGAUUAAUUUACAUGAGAGUUUUUAAAAGCAAAAUGCUUAUUAGAUAUUAUUAAUAGUCUUUUAAGUGAUCUACAUUCUCAAUCAAAUUCUAUUUGAAUAGUACGAUGAUGGGGAUAUCAUUAACAACACUGAAUAGUUAAUACAAAUGUAUUUAAAAAGAUAAUCAAUUUUGGAUUUAAUGACUCUAAUUCCAGUGAUUUUCGCCUUAUCAUCAGAGCGUUGUCAUUUCAUAUAGCUUUUACACAUAGUUCGUCUUUGGAAAUUAAGAUAAUUAAUGAAGGAGUUAGAAUAACUCUAUGGUAGAGUCUUCAAGUACCUCUAUUAUCUCAUGGAAUUCCACUUUGCCUAAUUUAUUGCUUUGUCCAUACUCCAAUACAAUCAUGAAAGGAGGAUCAACUUUUAUAAUGAAUUCAUUGUAUUGAUUUACAGGUCAGAUGACAGUAAUGCAAUAACUUACUUUAUUCGAAUGCUUAUUCUGAUAUAUUACUGCUUUUGUAUAUUUAGAUUGACUAUCAAAGAUAAUGCGGAAUUACUAAAUAAAUUAUAAUUACGAUGCUGCACUAGGUAGUAAAUAAACACUUACAUGAAUAAGCUGAACUAAUAAAAACCUGUUGAUUUGAAUUUCCUAUCUCAAUUACCUUAGACAUUCGUGGAUGAAGUCAAAUCUUAGCGUUAUCUUCAUCUGCUCUAAAACAUGCCUAUUUUUAAAUCUUCUUUCUCAGAAAACACCCUGAAAUAAAUUUGUAGUCUGAUCCAAGAAUACACUUAUAUCCCAAACUAAGUUGUGUUAAUGCAAUAAACAUCUAAUUAACAUUUGUUCAUGAUAUUGUCAGGUAGUGUGCAGAUCUCCUAAAGGAAGGAGGGUUCUUCUAAUCAAGACUUUAAAAUUAAGGUGCUUGGAAAGAAUUCCUUUUUCAACAAUCAGGCCUUCUUCAAAAAUGCCUACUCCAAUAUCAAUGCAACAUCAAUAGGAUAUUCUCAAAUAGCUCAAUUAGAUUUAGAUCAAUUUUUAGAAUGUAUAAAAUCUCAUUAUUAGGAAAGAUAAAAAUAUAAGAUGAUGGUAGAUCAAAUAGUUCUUUAUGAAAUUUAUAGUCUAUGUUAAAUUUGUUGUUAUGCAUGUGGCAAAUUUCAUGACAUCGAUGAAUGUGAUCGUGUACAUUAUGUUGCAAAAAAAUCCAAAUUGGUAGAGUAUAUCUAAUCAAAUGACUUACAAAUUCGUAGAAAUUACUUAAGAAGUAAAGGUAGACAAAAAUAAAAGAGAUUAAAAUCAAACAUUCUCAAAAUAGAGGAGGCUGCUCUUCAUUAUUAACAAUAGAACUUUGAGUCAGAUAUUACAGAUGAUAACAAAUUAUACCAAGACGAAGUGAUAAGUAUUCAAUAGGCUUACAUGGGAGAAAUGAGCCAUCGUUUAACAGAGAGAUAGAAUUCAUUCUAAUAGUCGUAAUAGACUCAAAGAAGAGGUUCAUAAUGCUCUAUGCGUGAAUCAUUACACUCUGUGUAAUAGUAACAACAACAACCUUAAUAACAACAACAUUAAUUGAUGGAUAUCCCAAACAUUAGUCCAGUGUAAUAUGUUCAAUAACCACAAAGUGGAAUGUCUCACAGUUCUUUUGGUUAAUUGUUUAAAGAUGUCUCAGUUAAUAGGAAGAACAUCAACGGGUCUUCGGAUAAAAAUUCGAGUGGUAAUGUGUUUUCCUUACCUUACAGCAGUAAUGGCAGUAAGAACACUGUAAACAAUAUAAUUUCGAUUUAAGAAAAGGAUGAGCUAUUUAAUAUUCAAAUGAAACGACUCAUGUUGCAAGAUAGUGUAUAUUAUCAUUAGAAGCGAAUACAGAAUCAGGUGGAUAAUUGCAGUCAGAAUACUGUCUCAAAAUAUCAGAAGUAUCACACAACCCAACCGUAAUAGUAAUAAGCACAAGCGAUACGCUCAGAUAGAAAGUCCAAUUCCUGUAUCUCUGAAUCAGAGAUAGGGGAUCAUCAACUACAAUAGCAAUAAGAUUUGCAACCAUCCAGAUAUGGGAUACAAUCGUCGAAGUUCACGGGAGAAACAGCUAAGCAAUUUCUGAAAAACCCUUUGGAGAUGCCUAAUCUAGAAUUUUAUUAGUCCUUUGAGAAUAGUAGGUAAUUCAGUGAUUAUUUUCCUAAAUACAAUGUGGAUUAAACCAUACAGUGUUACAAAAACUAUUAAUAAGCUCGAUCGAGUGCAUAUAAAUGA